AUGACACGAUACGGUUCUUCCGACAGUAGGGUGACCUCUGAAAGUGAGGAGGAUACCAAGUCAAGCUCAUGGGAGUGUCCGGAUACGUCAAAGAGCUCAGAUGGGUCAUCAUCAGGUAGCGAUUCUGCCGCGAGUGCCAGCAUCGCCGAACCUACCCCACGUCGUCUCCUGAAGAACGUCCGGCCACCAUAUCUGAAAUGCGUAACCCUUCCAAAGGUAGGUAAAAACCUGUGCGAUGAACACAUUUGCCUCCUUAUGACACAGCCGCCUUCGAUACGAAGCAGAUACACUCAAUAUUUUGAUGGUCGUGGGAGGGUGCGACAAGGUUGGCUUCCUCUCCUUCUAGGCCGCGGCCCUGCUGGCAACUAUUACCUCCCCAAAGACAUCAUCAGGGCCGUUCUUGGCUCAAAGAAGAUCCGCCGCAUGGCGGACUCCCAUCCAGAUCUUUUACUACCGGAUUCAUUUCGACAGCAGCAGUUGUUAAAGCGCUACUGGAAGGCUCCAGAGGUAUGGAGGGCGAGAACCCCUUCAGCUCCGAUGAAGUCGGAGGUCUGUGUUGAGUCUCUCCCAGUGUCUGGAGAGGAGCGGCCUCUUAGCUCGGUCUUGGUUCCCACCGGUACUUCCAGAGCCAAGAUCUCCAGGCCUCUCUACUCUUCCGGUGUUGAAAUGAGGCCGCCUCAAAGUGCCGUGCCUCAGAUGAGAUCGAUGCUAUCAGAAAGCUCAUCUUCUGCAGUACCUACCGGUGAACAUGAGAAUUUGACCUACUCAGUACCUACCCAAGAAACCGGGGGCCUGUUCGUUGAUCACACUCACCUCGUGACAUGUGGCCCAGCAGGAGGAUAUCCAUCGCCUAGCUCUCAGGACCCCAACUCUGAGGUCCAGGGCAGCGUAUCGAAGGUGGGUCCUGGCUCUACGUGGCCGAAUUCCCUACUUGAAGGGGGUGUAUUUCAGACCAAUGGACCGCAGUCACAUUGCCAAUGUCCUCAUGGACCACCUUCCGGGAUGCCAUAUAACUCUGUGCACGGACUUGCGCCUCCAUUCCUUGAGAUCUUGCAGUCGUUCCCUCCCUUCGCCUCCCAUGCGCCCGUGGAGGCUCCAGUCGUCAUGAUGCGAGAGUACGUGGAGGCGCUUUUUUUCGUCUACCCAAAGAUCGAAAAAUUGCAAUGUUAA